AUGCAGACGAAGAGUAGUCUGAAUCGAGUUACACCCACGUCCAUCGGUUGUCAUCCUAGCAACGAGGCCAGGUCAACGAAGCCAACCGAAAGGGUGCGCCACAAAGUGCGCUCAAGGACAGAUAUCACGCAAGCAUUCCUACCAAUCCAGACGGAAUCAAUGACCUCGUACGCUGAAUCAGAUCACCCAGCCCCAGGUAAACGGGGAGUAUGGAUGCCGUCACCCUGCUCUUCCAAAAAUCCUUCGACGGAUGUGAACCAUCCACUAAUCGGUCCACAGCAAGCUGCAUCGCGAGUGGACUUUGGUGGAAGACUACAGCAUCCCCGUGGUGAGAUAUUGACGCUCGACGGCAAGAUGAGCCUUGAGACCCAUCGCCACAUGGAACGUCAAGCGGAGAGAGCACCAUGCAAUAUGGCUUCUCCAUCUACCUUAGCGAUCCCGACUUCCAUAGACAUAUACACUUGCUGGGCCUUCGCAGUAGAGGAUUAUCAUAUGCACGUUCCGAGCUCGAUCACUCCUAGAAACAAUAAGCGCCAGAGGCACGAACUGGAUUUCUUUCAAGAAUUGCUUGUCCACAACUGUCGACGAUCAGCAACAAAAGCCGAGAUGAGAGAGGAAAUCGACGAACCACCAGUUGGAUUCGGAAUACUGAUAUCUGCAAACACUCCGUACGGCCACUCCUUUCGGCGGUGGAAUGAUACGGUGUACGUCGAAAGAGACGUGUCGCGCGCCGAUAGUCAAUGGAAUGCUGCGCAACACUGCCCAGUCUCUGCGACGGCUUUCAAACACGGGUCACCUCACCCUCAUAUCUUCAGGUAUCGAGGCGCCCGGGUGGAUGUCUGUCGGAACCCAGCUAGAACCCAGCUAGAGAGACGAUAUGCUCAGACCUUACCCGCUCGCAAGUAG